CCUCACCGCCAAGCUGAAUUUUAAUAUAUCGAAAACAGUCUAUUGGAAAAAUGGUGCACCGCAAAGUGUGUCAUGGAUAGAAUGGAUACUCGAGCGCCCUGAUUACAGCUUAAAGAAUGCUGAUCUUUCAGAGUAUGACUAACAAUCGUGCGUUGUUUCACGCGAAUGUAAAUGUAUAACGCAAGUCAUAUUCUAGGGCUGCAGUCAUGUAUUCUACCGUCAUAAACACCUUGAGAGGACUUAGAAAACACUCGCUUCUAUACGUAGUUCUCGUGGUUGCAUCAUCAACUGUGUUUCAUGGCAGUAAAACAUAUGGCCCUGACUUCUUCAUCACUAAAAAAAAAAACAAGCUGAGACUAUUGAACUAUUGAAGCUGAGACUAUUAAACUCUUGUUUCGCACUACUCCUUUUGAAAUGCACCGCAGUGCCAGUCUGAUAAAACAGGAAGUAUAAAACAGGAAGUAUAGAUAUCGCACAAAUCUGAUAACACCAUAAGUAAAAAAGUACCGUUAUAUUGAGCAACGAGCAGCGCGGCGAACGUGAUCUGAUACAUGCUAAACAGCGUGCAUUGCCACAUAAAAGACACGGCAUCGUAUUUUGGGUGUCACUUUCGGCAAUCAGCUGAACGGUGCAAGGCAAAGAUUGAAGGCGUUGCCUGCUAUAGGCAAGAAAAUGCAAUAUUUUUUAACCCUAGUGUUCAGCUUCAGUAUAGCUCUGAGCUUUUGCCCUGUUAACUCUUUCCUUAUUCCACAUGAAGGCAACGACAAGUGCCAAGAGUACACAACCUAUGAGGAUUGUGUGAAGGAAGCGUACAUGGCGGCCGCAAAAUGUCGAGUUUCAAGACUCCCAUUACUCACGUUCAACAUUUACGAGAUCUUUACUGUCGCAAUGGAGGCAAGUGUACAGGACCCAACGCUUCCUGGUGCGCAUGUCCGCCAGGUUAUGCGGGAGCUUUCUGUCAUAAAAGUAAAUAUGCAAGAAAGCCAUGUAAAAACGGAGGCUCGUGCAUCAGUGAAAACCUCUGUAAAUGUCCACCUCCAUAUUCUGGAGCUCAGUGUACAAGAAAAAGACUGGGAACCAAAGAGAGCCCGGCACCAAACGCACAGGCAAUUCUUGACGCCGGCGACAGUGUAGGCAACGGCAUGUACUGGAUCCAGCCCCAUGGUGAAACGGCCCCGGCUCAAACUUACUGCGACAUGAGCUUUGCUGGUGGAGCGUGGAUGCUCGCUAGUUAUGGUUACGUUCACACAACGGGAACAAACUCCAACAACAAAGCCAUUCCUAAUAUGAAUAGUCUCUUUGAUUUCGCCUGGCUUCCCAGCCAACGCACCUCCUCUCAUGGCGUGAUUAGUUUACCACACGGGGCGGUAAUGAUGGCAAAUAACGCUGGUUACAUGAUCAUGGCUGCGGGUAAUAACCCAGCCACGGGUGGUAUCAACCAAUAUGCAUACGUGUACCGUAUUUACCUAAAGAACAACCCUUACAAAAUAACAUUUGCAAAUCAUAACCGUUACAAUGGCGGACAGCCGGGCCGUAUGCAUAUUGUUGAUUUUGUCGUUGAAGCGUUGAAAGGAGAAAGUGGCACGUAUGUGAGAAAUGCCCUGGGGGAAGCACUGGGGGUGACAUGGACCGACUCAUAUCACACCGAUUACGGUUUUAAAGAUAAGACCACGCCUUCUGCAACCUUUACCACGGGUCCCUUUUUUCCUAGUGUCCAUUCGGGUUCGGGACGAAGCCCAUAUUCUGGAUGUACCCCUACUAAUUACGACCCUGAUGUAGUGGGAGGGUCUCCUCAUUACACACACCACGGAUGGUUUACUGCUAACGGCUGGGACAAAACUGGCCAAACCUCUAUCUGGUUUAAGUAAGGGGUUAUUCCUAGUUAUUGUUCAAACAUCGGUUUAAGCUUUAGUAAGUUGAUGAACUUCACUGACUACCUAGGUGGACCGGCUGCAGGGUGAAAGGGGCGGGGAUGCUCAUUGAAAAUCUUAAAAGAAACCAAUCUAGACGGGGCUCAAGCUUAAUGAGAACUCUAAAAUACCAUUUUAAGGUAAUUCCCCUGAAAUAAAACUGCACAUAGA